UACAUCGAUCCGUCCUGAAAAAACCUUUUCUUUUCAGAGUUAAGCAGUGAAUUUGAAUCCAUUUUGAAUCUAUGAUCUACCUAAUACCUAAACGAUCACGAGGUCAAGAUCAAGAGCGUUCUCAUUUGCAAGAAAGCUCAAUAUUUGUGAGGAUGGACCCGCAACAUACCGAUGAUGUGUUAAAGCAUUUGGAGAAACAGAAGGAAUUACUCAAAGAAGCUCAUACGACCAUGUUGCAAGAACUCCAAAAACUCGAGGUUGAACAUGAGACGAUGAUGCGUAAACUCUAUGAGCUAAUGAACACUCACACUUUAAAUCAAAAGAAAAUGGAGGAAACUCAAAAUGUGUUGGGGGGAAGAGAAACAAUUGAAGCUUCAUCUCAAUCAACUGUAACUACUGAUGAUGAAGAACAUUGAAGGAAGAGCUCACUUUCUAGUUUCU